AUGUCCUUCACAAGCGAGGAGGCUUUCGAACAGCUAGCUGAGCUGCAGUCCGGCAUCGCUGCUGUCUCGCUCGGUGCUGUCGCGGCUCGGGACCAGAUCAGAGCUCUGGAAGAGGAGGCUCUUGCCAACUUCAGCCAGCUCGACAUCUCCGAUUCCGAUCUUUUCGCAGCUCUCAAGACUACUUUUGUCAAGAACAUUCGACAACUCGAGGUUCUCGCACCAAUGAUGGUCGCAUUCGAACGACUCCACGGUCCUCUUCGCCCCUUCCUCAUGUCCUUCAUCUUCGCCAAGCUGAGAGAUUCUUGGAAGAAGAAGAAGAAGCGUUCUGCCACGACGUCCAUCGCCGUUCAAGCUGGUCCUUGCGCCGAGGCCGAUGCAAUGUCAAGGCCUCCUGCCGCUUCUGGCGAUCCAAUCGUCACGGACUUCAAAGACGAAGAAGGCUCGACACACGAAGCUGAGAAAUCUGAACAGCCCCCUCUUCCCAUCGUCAGUCCCGUCUCUCAGGCCGCAACUGCCACGGACGACGUUUCAGCUCAGGACGAUCCUCGUGCUGCAAUCGUCACCGAUGCAGCUAGUCUAGCACCUCAAGCCGAUGCACCUCAACAGCAAGCUUUUGCCGAAAGCGGCUCCGCAGCUCUCCACGUCGGAGAGUCUCGAUCUGUUGCUACCGACACAAACCACAAAGCAGCUUCGAAGCAGCACUACUCUCCGGACAUCGCCAAGAUCCUCAAGCGGACCGUGAAGUUCCUCAAUGAGGUCGACUACAGAGUCUGCAAGGCUGAGAAAUACUGUGAUUUUGAUCUCGACCCGAAAGACGAGGCAGAGCUCCUAUUGGACCACCUCUACGAGUUGUAUAAUGAAGGGCUGGUUCUGGGCGAACUGAUCGCCGAGCUGGUCUCGGAGCUGGCAGCACCUUUGCAAGGCGAGUGGGAAGUGGAUUUCGAAGGCGAAUUCACUGGUAAGCGGCGACGUCAGUCAACGCGCAGCACACCGACCAAGUUCUAG